CCCGGCCUUCCUCUUUCAAUCUCUCCUUUUCAACUCUCGCCCUUGUCUUUCAUCUGUUCUGAAUAUCUGUAUUUUCACCUGGCAGCUUUCUGAACUUUCCACGCCUGUUCAAUCGCAAUGUCUGCGCCAGGCGGCGCUCCCAGCCCUGCGCCGCGAGGCGGCAGCAUGGGACCUGGCGCAAGUGGAGGAAAUAUGCCCAUGUCGUCGCAACAGCCUAUGUCUGGAACUCCUGUACACUCGGCCCCUCCGCCUGGCCCUCCACCUCCUCAAAGUGGUGCUAUGUCACAGCAGAAUUUGAAUCAAAUUGUCAUCGAUUACCUCGCCAAGAAGGGCUACAGCCGGACCGAAGCUAUGCUUCGUAUGGAAUCCGCCAAUCAGGAGAUCGAUGGACGUCCGCUUCCACCUCUUGGAGAAGAUGCCCGUCCAAAAUUCAGAAAAGGAUUCGAGCUGCUUAAGGCGUGGGUCGAGGAGAAUCUGGAUUUGUACAAGCCGGAGCUUCGCCGUGUGUUGUGGCCGCUGUUUGUUUACUCGUUCUUAAAUAUGGUUACGGCUUUCUACCCUCAAGACGCCAAGCAGUUCUUUGAUGCCAACAAGAACAUGUUCCUCCCUGAGCACACGGACGACGUCCGUAAGCUCGAGCCCAUCAGCCUCCCGGAACAUGUGCAGGCCAAUGAUACCGCUAAGCUCUAUCGAACCAACAAGUACCGCAUCGUUCUGAGCAAUCCCGCCUACACCAAUCUCCUUCAAUUCCUCGAAAGCAAGGAGAAGGAGGGUGGCUCUGUGAUGAACGCCAUUUUGAGCAGCUACUGCACUAUCAAAACUAUGGACCGUGCUUCCGAUGAUCGGUUCAGUUUUGCUGCCAUGCUUGGCCAAAUCGGAGCGGGUCAGUCAUUCCCCUCCGAAGAUGAGGGUAUUCCGGGCCACCAUCCCGGCUCGGCAUACACUGGAGAUAAUCCAGCCAUGGCCGGAACCCUGCCAAGACUUCGGCUUGGGAAGUUGCCAAUGGAGCAGGACCUGGAAGAGGAUAUUCGUGCUGAAUUGGCCGAUGAAGAUGCCAGAGAACCCCCUGCCCCUGGCCGCAACUCACUCGUACAAGAGUUUGAGCAGAUGAUUAAGAAGGAAGAGGACGAGGAGGCGCCUACUCGUGCAGACAUUCCAUUCCCUGCCUCUACUGCUCGCGACGUCGCGAUUGAAUGCAUGAAGGUUCGGGAGCACAGGGAUCGGUUCAAGAUUGAAGGUCGCACUGGUGGUGUGGGUCCGGGAGUCAGCGUGUGCAUGUUCACCUUCCACAACACCUUUGAUGGUAUCAACUGCCUGGACUUCUCCGAUGACAACAUGCUUGUCGCUGCAGGAUUCGCCCAGUCUUACAUCCGCGUGUGGAGCCUUGACGGGAAGAAUAUCGAAGCAGCCUACCCGGAUUUGGACGAUCUUCCCCCGGCAAACUCUCGGCGCCUGAUCGGCCAUGCUGGCCCUGUUUAUGCUGUUGCUUUCCCACCUUGCGCAGCCAAGUCUGAAAAUGUCUCCGACGAUGACUAUGUUCCGACCAAUUCUCGAUUCCUUCUCUCCUCGUCAGCGGACAAGACAAUCCGCCUGUGGUCUCUUGACACCUGGCAAUGCCUUGUCGUUUACAAGGGCCAUGAUCGUCCCGUCUGGGACUUGCGAUGGGGACCCUUUGGUCACUACUUCGUCUCUGGUGGCUCUGACCGCACUGCUCGACUCUGGGUCACUGAUCACAUCCGCCAGCUACGUAUCUUCGCUGGUCAUGAUCAAGAUGUGGACUGUGUCUGCUUCCAUCCAAACUCUGCUUACGUCUUCUCAGCCAGCUCUGACAAGACCGUACGAAUGUGGGCUAUCACCACUGGAAAUGCGGUGCGUAUGUUUACUGGCCACACUGGCAACGUGACUGCUAUGGAGUGCAGUCGCGAUGGCAAGCUCUUGGCAUCUGCAGACGAUGCUGGCUCCAUUUUCCUGUGGGAUCUCGCACCAGGCCGGCUGUUGAAGCGCAUGCGUGGUCAUGGAAAGGGCGGUAUCUGGUCACUCAGCUGGAGUGUCGAAUCGACAGUCCUCGUAUCUGGUGGUGCCGAUGGUACUGUCCGUAUCUGGGAUGUCAGCAGCCCCCAAGAUGCCACCCAGGGACGCGUGAUUGGUGAAGGCGGUGCCGGUGCCAAGCUCGAUGCCAGCAAUGCCCCUGCAAGCGCUACGGCCUCUAGCAAAAAGAAGAAGGGCAAAGAUGUGGUUGUCACCCCCGACCAGAUUAGCGCUUUCCCGACUAAAAAGAGUCCCGUCUACAAGGUCAAGUUUACGAACAUGAACUUGGUCGUUGCGGGCGGUGCCUAUCUUCCCUAGAUGGGCAUAUUCAUUUUCCUCAGUCUUCACACCGUGUCGACCUUAUUCUUAUCUUCUCUAACGCAAAUACCCCGGUUUCUUCGGAUACCUUCUUCAUGUUUAUCUGGUCAUGGUAAUCUUCAGAAAGCUUACGCUAACUGUUCCUUUGAGAUUGGAUGGCGUUUGUAAUCUGGAGAUCGAUCUCUGUUCGGUGUUAUGGUACGGUGGCGGCGUGAACAUCUUUUUUCUAUCUUAUUUCUGCAGAGGCCUUUUACCUUACUGAAGGAACAGUCUCAAUCAUCUAGUGACUCUGCUCUGCUUGGUCUGGAACUACAAAAUCACAGCCGUCGUCCGCUGGCCUGUCCCCUUUCUGGGUAGAAGGACCUAUGGAUUGUAAUGGCUGUAAUGCAUACAAAACGACCUGGUGGCAGGGAUGGAAUCAUUUGGAGAAAGGGAUUUGCUUCUAAUCAAAAUUCACUUGCAUCAAUGACAAUUGCAAGUCCAUCUGUAACUGUAGACAUGUCGUAUCGCCACAUUUACGCGGCUAUCGCAUUCUCUAUUUCUGGAUCUCCGUAGGAAUUUAUUGGAAAUUUAUCUUGUAUCUACUUGGUAUGUCCUUUCUCCAAGACGCCAGCGCCUUUUUUCAUCGCAGCAGCGGCCUGCAAGUCACCCACCUUGGGCGGCAACACCAGUGCGCUUCGAUCAUUCCGCCUGUAAAAGUCAGCCAACACCUGCGCCGUCUUGCUCGGUUGGUCUUCCUGAAUGAAAUGACCCGCUUCUGGGAAGACUUGAAGCUGGUAUUUUCCUAUGAACGUAUAAAAAUUAGCCCAUGCUCCUGCUAAGGAAGAGAAAGAAGGAGAAGGACCGUAUACCUUGCAUCUGCCCAAUGAUCAAUUCUUUAUCCAAUCGAUCCGUCCCCGCUAGCAACAACAGCUUGCCACCCCGCGCGUCGAGGAAUUUGCGACUCAAUCCUAUGAACCAGUUCUCCCAGAAGGGCUUCGUGGCAGCGAGAUUAGUUCUCCAUACCCACGGACGUGAGGGGUCGGUUGGCUCAGUUUCCUCGUAGAUGAGGGACGGGACGGAGACUCGAGCUGAGGUAUGAUUUCGAAUUGUCCGGGAACGAG